GUAAUCUCACAGCCCUUCUGGCCUGCGUACAUGAGCGCCGAGCGCUUCGAGAAGGCCAAGAAGUUGAAGCUCUGCAUCACCGCCGGCAUCGGCUCCGACCACGUGGACCUGCAGGCAGCUUGCAACCAUGGCGUCACCGUGGCAGAGGUCACCUUCUGCAAUUCCAUCUCCGUCGCAGAACAUGUGGUGAUGCUCAUCCUGAACCUCGUCCGCAACUUUGUGCCUUCGCACGACAUCGCCGAGGCUGGAGGCUGGCACAUCGCGGACUGCGUCGCCAAAGCCUACGACGUGGAAGGCAUGCACGUCGGCACGGUGGCUGCUGGAAGGAUUGGCUUGGCGGUUCUUCGAAGGCUCAAGGCGUUCGACACCGUCCUCCACUACUACGACAAGCAUCGGCUGCCCGAAAGUGUCGAGCAAGAGCUCAACUUGACCUACCACGACUCUGUGCAGUCACUGGUCAAGGCUUGCGACGUUGUCACCAUCAAUUGCCCUCUUCAUCCGGAGACGGAGAACCUCUUCAAUGCAGAGAUGAUCUACUCGAUGAAGCGCGGGGCAUACCUGAUCAACACCGCUCGGGGCAAGAUCUGUGAUGCAGAGGCUGUCAAGAAAGCAUGCGAGGAAGGCCACUUGGCGGGCUAUGCUGGCGACGUCUGGUUCCCGCAGCCGGCACCGGCGGACCACCCAUGGCGCGGGAUGAAGGCGAAUGCAAUGACACCCCAUGUCUCCGGAACGACUCUCUCGGCCCAGGCGCGCUAUGCUGCUGGUGUACGCGAAAUCCUGGAAUGUUUCUUCGAUGAGAGGCCAAUCCGCGACGAGUACCUGAUCGUGCACAAGGGACAGCUUGCGGGAACGGGAAAGCACAGUGGCUUGCCCUGA